AUGUCGCUCAAGCCAGUCGUCCUUAUCACCGGCGCAUCCAAAGGACUCGGCCUCGCAGCCACCAAAAUCCUGCUCACCGAAUUCAAUGCGAAUGUGGUCGCACUGUCGCGCUCGGAAACUGUAGAGCUGACUGAGCUCAAGCAAUAUCACCCAGAGGCAUUACUGAUCACCAAGGGCGACGUGACCGAUAAAGCCAUCGUCACGCACGCGGUCGACUCUGCGGUGAAGACAUACGGACACCUCGAUGCACUCAUCCUCAAUGCUGGCAUCUUGACUCCCCUGGGAAAGAUCGAAGAGGUUCCCCUGGAGGGCUGGAAGUCGCACUUCGACGUCAACUUCUUCUCUUUGAUCACUGCCGUACAAGCGGCGCUGCCAUACCUGCGUAAAAGCGAGCUCGGUGGUCGCAUCGUCUUUGUUAGCUCUGGAUCAGCGACCAAAGGGACUGCGACCAUGGGUCCUUACAACGCAGGCAAGGCCGCCAUGAACAGUAUGUGCAGGACCUUGGGCGAGGAAGAGCCUGACGUGAUCUCAGUCGCCCUGCGUCCUGGUACCGUUGACACACAAAUGCAAACGCAGAUUCGGGAGCUGGGUGUCACUGAUAUGGCUGAGAAGGUCCACAAGUACUUCAUGGGCUUGCAGACCGACCAGAAGCUCAUCAAACCCGAGGUAUCUGGCUACGUGAUGGCGGCACUCGCGUUGAAUGCACCGAAGUCAAUGAGCGGGCAGUUUGUGAGCUAUGAUUCCGAGGAUUGCGCGCCGUUCCGGAGGUGA